UUAGAAGACAAAACUGUAGUCAAGAAAGGCGCUGGUGGUGAUCCACAAGCUGUAUAAAUGAAGAUGUGGAGCUUUUCACUGAUGGAAGUUCAACCAUGAGCCUCCUUUCCACUUUCAUCAUGGAUCAGCACCAAUUCCUUUCCUUCCCAGUAUUGUUCACCUCCUUCAUCUUCAUCUUUAUGGUGCUGAAAAUAUGCAGAAGAUCAAAAACCAAUCAAAAUCUACCUCCAGGACCAAGGAAGCUACCCAUCAUAGGAAAUAUGCAUAAUUUACUUGGCUCUCUACCCCAUCAUAGACUUCAAGAUUUGGCCAAGAAAUAUGGACCUCUUAUGCACCUUCAACUUGGGGAAGUUACCACCAUAGUCAUUUCUUCCCCAGAAAUUGCAAAAGAUGUUAUGAAAACCAAUGAUAUUAUCUUCGCCCAAAGACCCUUUAGUCUUUCCGCACAUAUCAUCUCUUAUGAGUCUGCAGACAUUGCAUUUGCACCAUAUGGAGGGUACUGGAGACAGAUGAGGAAAAUUUGCAUGCUGGAGUUGCUAAGUGCUAAGCGUGUGCAAUCAUUCAGAUCAAUCAGGGAAGAAGAGGUAUCAAAUCUAAUGAGUAGUAUUUCUUUUAAUGGAGGAUCCCUGGUGAACCUUAGCAAGAAGUUGUUUGCUUUCACGUACAGUGUGAUUUCAAGGGCAGCCUUUGGUAGGGUAAGGGAAGAGCAAGAAGCAUUUGUAGCUCUUCUUAAAGAAAUAAUGGAAGUGGGAGCAGGUUUUAGCAUUUCCGAUUUGUUCCCUUCCAUUAAAGUGCUUCAAAUGGUUAGUGGGAUGGGAGCUAAAAUGGAAAGGUUGCAUCAGGAAGCAGACAGGAUACUCGAAAAUAUAAUCAGUGAUCAUAGAUCCAGAAAAGCAGCGGUUAGGAUUGCCGAUGAGGGUGUUGAUCUUGUAGAUGUUUUUUUGAACCUUCAGGAUCAAGAAAACCUUGAGUUCUCUUUAUCAAUUGACAACAUCAAGUCAGUCAUCCUGGACAUAUUCAUUGCUGGGAGUGAGACUUCAUCUACAACUGCAGAAUGGGCGAUGUCAGAAAUGCUAAGAAACCCAACAGUGAUGGAAAAGGCACAAGCAGAGGUGAGGCAAGUUUUCAGUGGAAAAGGCCAUGUAGACGAAGAAGGUCUUGGAGAAUUAAAUUACUUAAAAUUGGUUGUCAAAGAGACUCUUCGAUUACACCCUCCUCUUCCUUUGCUACUUCCAAGAGAAUCUCGAGAGCAAUGCGAGAUCAAUGGAAAUCGGAUACCCAUCAAAACCAAAGUGAUUGUUAAUGCAUGGGCUAUAGGAAGGGAUCCAAAUUAUUGGAUUGAGGCUGAAAGAUUCAAUCCUGAAAGAUUUUCUGAUAGUACAAUAGAUUACAAGGGAGCUAAUUUUGAGUACAUCCCAUUUGGUGCCGGAAGGAGGAUUUGUCCUGGCAUAUCAUUUGGUAUGGUUAAUGUCGAGCUUCCACUCGCAAAUUUGCUUUACCAUUUUGAUUGGAAACUCCCUAGUGGAAUGAAGCUAGAAGAACUAGACAUGACAGAGUCUUUUGGAUCAGUUGUCAGAAGAAAAAACGACUUGUGCUUGACUCCUACUCUGUGCCAUCCUCUGCCAGUGGCAUAACAAUGGUGGAAACUGCAAAAGACUAAAUUCGUGUAUUUAGAUAUAUAAAUAUUUAAGUAUAAAUAAAUGAGUAUUGAUAAAUAUGUGAUGCUUAGAUAAGUGUAUUGUGCUUGGCACUAUGUGUGGGGUAUUUAAUUAACGAGUGUUAGCAUAGUGAGUACUGUAUACGUCUAUCUAUGACAUAUGUUAUGUAGAGUGUUUAUCUUAUAUGCUAUUCCUUUCCUUUCC